UGGAUAUGCGGGUUUGAGUGGUCGAGGUACAAGUAACGCUGCCGCUGCUGUCGCCGCGCGUGAUGCAUGCUGCGUGUCGCUGCGACUUUUAUUUGGCUUGCCUUUGCUUGCUGCACGCACGUUAGGUGCAGAUAUUCGAGGGUUCGCGACGCAAUACUUGUGGCUUAUUCUUCGUUCGUUUGUGGACUGUUGUACAGUCUGUUUUAUUUUGGUGACGAGUUUCAGCCUUGUUCGAGCUUCUACUUUUCGACGUUUAGUUGCCUCUUUGGGCUGGAUGGAGUGUUAAUGUGAUUAUUCGAAUAUACCCAAAGAGUCGGAAAUCUUAACGACCAUAAUUGAAUUGAAUGGAAAACCAUCGCAACGUCGACACGAUGAAUAACGACCACCAACAGUUCCGAUCCAGCUUCCCGGACUCGCCUUUCUCGCCUCGCGACGCAGCAUACCUUCCCUCGUCGACGACUAAUAGUAACAAUAAGACGCCAUUCGUAUCGAUCCUUCCAUGGCGAAGCAAAUCCCCCUCAUAUUCGGCGCCGUCAAAGCAACGCCGAUGGACGCCAGCGGCAUUCCGCCCAUCAGUACUCAUUCUCUCAAUCGUGCUCUGCUGGGGCCUGAUAGCUGUUCUGCAGUAUCUACUCCACAUCUCGCAACGGGAUGGAGGGAUCAUGUUCGCCCCGUCGAUCUCUGAGUUCACGUUUCGCCAGACGUUCUUGUCUACACAUUUGCCUACCAUUGUGGCGCUUGUGUUCAGUAUCUUCUGGGCUUGGAUCGAUCUGCAGGUCAAGAGGCUGGAGCCAUGGUAUCAGUUGAGCAAGCCGGGUGGUAGCAUUGGGAGAGAGAGUGUGCUGUUGAGUUAUCCGUUUGACUUUCUGCCUGUUGUGCCCUUCAGUGCAGUUAAGAAUCGACACUGGGCGGUCUUCUGGGCUUCGAUCGGUGUCGUCGUCGUAACAUGGGGUAUUGUGCCAAUCCAAGCCGGUCUCUUCACAACCGAAACGAUCAAGACGAGUGCGUUCUCUCCCUUCGACAUCUCCACGAACUUCAUAAGAGCGGAAGCACAGAACACGACCUUGGACGGCCGGUUCAUUCACUCUGCACAUGGAAUCAUCUGGCUGAACGAAACGAUGCCACCGUACAUGACCCGCGAUUAUAUCCUGCAGCCGUUUCGGAAACAAUCGGAGGGAGUCGUGAAGGUUAAUGAGACCUGGACUGGCGAGACACAGCUGUUCGGUUUGGAUCUCAGUUGCGAGACCCCAGUCACAGUGGGAGAGGGGACGUCGAAGGCUUAUAAUACUACGGGAGGUUGCAGCUGGCCCGCAGAUGUUGCAUCGAUUGGAAACCAAACCAUCGGCCCCCUGUACCCCAACACCAACCAGAGUUCCACUACCGACACCAAAGAGUUCUCUGGUCGCUACAUAGGAUUUUGGUCGACAGACUUUUCCGACUAUUAUCUGGAAAGGGAUUGCCCUAUGUCGCAAAACCACACCUUUUUCGUGCAGUUUACACGAAAUAAGAAACGCGAGGAAGAUCCGCCACAGAAUGUUACCCGAUUAUUCUGUACGCCCUUUUAUUAUUAUCAGAACGUUACUGCAAAAGUGGAUGCAGGAAGUCUUCGGCCACUGUCCUACGAGUCCACUGGGAAGAAGGAAACGCUUCCCAGCGAAUGGUGGGAUGCCCGCUAUUUCGAAAACAUGAUGAACGAAGGAGGGCUCGCCGUAACUCAGGCGCGUGGUGCUUUGCCGAUGGACCAGCUGCCAAACCAGGUGGAAGGUCUCUCCAGAUUUCCAAUGAGUUCGACAACCGUUCAGCAGAUGGUCGGAUUCUCUAUAGGAGUUUCAAACAGUUCUUUGGAGAAUCUGCUGAAGCCCCAAGAACUAUCGCUCGCCUACCAAACAGCGUACCGGAUUGUCUUCGCUCGUUCUAUGGCUGACAUCCUGGAUCGUAAAUUCUCUCACGUAAAGCAGAGCAGCGGCAAUGUCGAGUUCGUGAGUGGUGCUGUGGUGGUGGUUCCAACAUUCACCUACAUUGUGGAAGGCUUGCUUGGUUUUGUAUCCAUCUGCUCUAUCGCACUUUUAUGGAUUUCACUGAAGAGAAAAUGGAGCAUACAAUCGGAUCCUUCAACAAUAGCUGCAAUAAUGUCGCUAGUUGCUGAUAACCCGGCUUUGUUGCAUAAAUUCAGUCUCUUAGAUUGUACUAACAAGGACGAGUUCGACAAAUUAUUAGAAAAGGAACGUUUUGAACUACGACAGGACGAUCACGGCAUCAGCCUCUCAGAGCCGGAAUAUCAAAUGCAGCCGGGGUUCAGGGAGAGAAGCCAUACCUCUGAUGUUCGCAGCCAAACACGGAUCCGACCGCGGGAGUUCGGUUUCGUGAUGGUAGCGCCUUUUCUGUCUCUACUCACUGGCCUUGCAGUAGUGAUUGGUGUGUUCUGGAGGAUAAGUCAGCCUUCAGGAAUAGUCAGACCGUCUGACAGUGCCGUUGUGCGUCAGAUUCUCGAAAAUUAUAUACCUACUGCGCUUGCUACUCUGAUUGAGCCAAUAUGGAUCUUGGUCAAUCGAUUGCUGUGUAUGCUACAGCCAUUGGAAGAACUCCGCCACGGCAGGGCCUACGCACGUCGAUCACUUGAUCUAAACUAUAGCUCCUUGCCGCCCCAGCUUGUCAUUUUCAAAGCGCUUCGAUCGUCACACUUCAAGCUUGCUGCAGUGUGUCUGAUGGCGCUUCUGGCCAACGUAUUAGCCGUCGCGUUCUCAGGCAUGUUCAAUGAACAAUCUAUCCAGAUUAACCAUGGAACGAUCUUCAACGCGCCGUAUAUGUCCAAGUUUGUCAGUGUCGACGGUCAAAUUGGGCCUAACAUAGGGCGAACAAAGCUCUCAGAAUAUGAACCAACCGGCGCAUGGGCUGGCGGGGAUGGUCUUGAUAUAUUCCUGAGUGUCGAAUCACAUUAUCAAGCUGGCACCGCACUUCCUCCUUGGACAGGGGAUAAAUACUUUUAUAUUCCAUACACCAAUGGAAGCGCGCUCAACUCUGAUGGUUUCAAGGCCACAACUGAUGCCUUCGGUGCUGAAUUGGACUGCGUAGAAAUUCCGGCAAAGGACUACACCGCGAACAUGACGAGGGAACCACAGACGGAGCGAAACUCUGCAAACUUCUUGAUGACGAUACCAGACAAAGACGGCCAGCCAGUUACUUGCGAAGCCAAAGAAGUGCCAGUAUCGAUAGGCAGGGGUUUGGUUGGGAUUGGGCGCGGCGAAUAUGGCGGGUGCGAUACCGGCCGGUUGUCUGUUGAGUUUGUCCUUGCCUUGCAAGCAGCCGGGAAUGCCUCAGAAACAGAAAAGGAGACUUGUGCGCGCACCAACUUCCUUGGAUGGACAAGACAACAAGGAGAUCCGUGCCGAUUUAAUGGGACAAUCACUUUUAGUGACGACAAUGCUAGAUUUGUAGGUUGUCGGUCCCGCCUUGUUGCUGGAACCGCAGACGUAACCAUUGACCGAAACGAACAUGUCCGCCAAGUUAGCAAUAUGCGGCGCACGUCGAAUCUUACACAAGAAUUCCUGGAAGAACAUUUUUCCAACGAUUUUAAUAACGUCUUGGAACAAGGAGAACGAUAUUUGUUCAAUUCCCCGCAAACCCGGCCUAUACACAACGAUUCCUUCGCCGUGGACUACAUCAACUAUUUCAUCAUUCAGGAUACUAAGAGCCGUGCACUUAUUGAUCCAGCAGCACCAUUGCCCGACUUUGAAACGAUCAAGAACCAUCUAUACCCAAUUUACUCGAAGAUGUUUGCUAUGUGGCUAGGACUCAACAAAGAUCGACUUCUCGUGGUUCGAGACCAGAAUAUAAACCAACUGAGAGAAGGCCUCAUCACCAAAGCUGAGAUCCGAAUCUUUCUCUCGAGGCCAAUGUUCUUCAUUGCGGAAAUCAUCCUUGCUAUCUACGUGAUCGUGGGCUUGGUCCUUUAUCUUUGGCGGCCAGGGAAGUUUCUGCCACGCCUACCAACCUGUAUAGCGACCAUCAUCACUUUGUUCGCAGCAAGCGCAGCGGUGCGAGAUAUGGAGGGAACGAGUUGUAUGAGUAAGGAAGAAAGGAGAAGUCACUUGCGUGGACUUGGCUAUCGGUACGGUUACGGAACAUUCUUGGGGGAUCGAGGGAAGAUGCACGUUGGCAUAGAAAAGGAGCCGCUGGUGAAGUAUACGCCAGUGCCUGGUUUGUUAGAGAAGGUACAAACCGGGUUCUCAACCAAGAGUAGGAAAGUAUCGAGUGUGGAUUCUGGAAUUGGCAAUUAGUAUAUUUAUGUUGUCAGUCGAGUACGUACAAG